AUGACGUCCGGAGCGCGACAGACGCCGCCGUGCCCCGUCAACCCGGUGCUCCCCUCGACCUCUCCCCGUCACCUCCAGCCUCACCUCGACGUCGGCUACCUCACGGACAACCCCACCGGCCCGCGCACGCCCGUAGCCGACGCCAUGAUCGACGACCACCCGCCACUGCCGCCAGAGUGCGAGGACGAUGACGAUCGCCUCAGACCGCCAUUUUCUGCGCCGUCAAGUCCCACACACUCACCAGGACGUCGCCUACACGCCUGCGUCAUCGCAUUAAUUUUACAAGACUCUACAUCAAAAGGUGUUACCGGUGAUGUGUUCUAUCCAUUAAUUGGACAUGCCCAUGCAUCAGAAGGUGGUAGCGAUGACAAUUACUAUGCUGCAGCACAUUCAUCAUUUCCACAAAAGCCCUACAACGAGUACUAUGGAUUUGUUGCAACGGCAGAUGUGUAUGGGCACAAUAUAAGUCGAGGCCAAAUAACCGCAUCUUCGAUUUACGUUUCUAAUGGUGGGAAUGAAAGCUUCAAUUCUAUUACCGUUGGCUGGAUGGUUUCACCUGAGAUAUAUGGUGAUACACAUACUCACUUCUACACUCACUGGACUAAAGAUGGAAAUGGAAAGAGUGGGUGCUACAACAUGGAUUGCCAUGGUUUUCAAUUAGAACAAGGAUCGAAAAUAACUCCAGGCGCUAUUAUAAACAAUUCUUCUUCUAUUGGUGGGUCCGGUCACACAAUUACAAUCAAAGUAUUUAAGGAGAAGUCUAGUGGAAAAUGGUGGUUGUAUUGUGGCAUUAAUGGUGCCACUCCAACAGCAGUGGGGCACUAUCCUGCAAACUUAUUUACAACAUUAGCUGCAAAAGCAAGUUCCAUUGGUUUUGGUGGAGAAACAUAUGCUAAAAGAGGUCUAACAACUCCUCCAAUGGGAAAUGGAUCGCUUCCAUCAAAAUAUGCUGCAUCAUUUUCCAACCUUCAGUUUGUUGAUCAGGAUGGUCAAGCCAGUCUUAUAAAGUCAGACUUACCAGUUAUUGCAAAAACUCCUAAAUGUUAUUAUGUGUCGCCAAUAAUUGGUGCCAAGUUUUUCUAUGGUGGCCCAGGCUGCUUUUAGCUACAUGGGAAAACUAUAUGAUAAGUUUAUGGUGGGAUCACAAAUAUAAUAAAACUGUGAUGUUUUGUUUA